AUGUCGCCACCGUCGGAUCAGAUCUACAGUUUCUUCGUCCGGGAGACGUUAUCGAGAAACCAAAAUAGAUUUUGGCAGAGAGAGUUCACUCUCGGACACGGUAAUAUUGAACUUGGAUAUCCCUCAGCGCACUGGGGAAAAAUCAAGGAGAAGCCUCUCGUCAUCAAAUCAUUCACAGAGCUGCAAAACAUCCAAAUAUUCGACGGGGACACUGUUUUCCCAGAGUCAAAAUUCCAGGCUAGUAGACUCGACACAGUAAUUCAGGCAACAUUUGCUGACGACAUCAAACGCUGCAUCCAAGACCUCACGGAGGCUUUAGCAAUUUUGGUGGAUGAGGAAUAA